GUCUUAUUGUGGUGUUCACAUCCUCGCUGCGCAAGAAUGGCCCACGGAAUUAGCACUCACACAAAGUACUUCUGUCAAAAUGUCGUCCUCUAGUAGUUCCUCCCAGCUACCGUCCUCUGGGGGCAAACCAAUCGAUCCUAUCUUACGCAACGCGUUGCGCUACACGAUAAGCCCGCGAGAGUACCAGCUCCUCCACCAAUACCUCCUCUCUCGCGCCCCCGCGGUGCGCAAGCGGGCGCCUCCUCCUCGAAGAUAUAAUGCUAUCACGAAAGGAUCCGAUGAUUAUAAUGCUGCUGCGAUCCGAGCAUCUCUCAGACUAGCUGUCGCGACCUUAUCUGGUCUUAAGGCUUGGGAAUUGAUUACAACAAGGGUUCUAGCGCGAGGAGCGGACAAGAGACCAACACGCCGAACAGCCGUCUGGAAGUCCCCCAAUAUUCGUCUGUCGUGCUCUCUCUCCCUCAUCCUCCUCUUCCACCGCCUCCUUCGUCGGUUCUUCAUCCGCCUUCGUGAGAGCCUCCUUACUAAUGAAGCGAGAUCUUUCCGGCGGCGCAACCCCCGAAUUUCUAGGUCUCUGACGUCUAGCAUAGCCCCUGCAAUUGGCUCCAGUUUGGCUGGCUUCUUCCUUGCCGUGUACCCAGGCGAUCAGCUGCGGAUCACGAUUGCUAUCUAUGUCUUCACGAGAGCGCUCGAGUUUUGCUACAAUUAUUUGGAAGAGCUAGGAUACUUCCGGAACAGGCCAUACUGGUUCGGAUCUUGGCUGUUGAUGCCAGUUGCUUGCGGGCAACUACUCCAUGCGUUUGUGUUUGACAGGGAUUGCUUCCCGGAAGCAUAUGGGAGGUUCAUUCUAGGCAACUCCCCUGAAUAUGUCCAAAAGAGGCCGGCGAACUAUCCAAAGAGCCUCUCAUACCCUGGCACUUUUGACAUUGUCGACAGCCUGGCUGAGAUCUCCAAAUUGCGAUGGCCGCCAUUCACAUCUCCGAUCAUGUUUCCCGCAACUGAAACUCUUCCUAAGAGCCUCAGGAGGAUAAGUCCAAUCACGUCUUCCGCCCAUCCCGCGAUCAAAUCGUUGUCCUGUGCGCUACUGCACCCGAACGACCCUUCGUGCAUGAGGACCUAUGUUUCCUAUUGGAUCCAGGCGUUCCCUAAGGUUGCCCGAUUCUUCACCCUUGUAUUUACUGUGGUAAGUGUUACGCGGUAUAAAGCAUUCCUCGACUCCCCUAUCUCAGCCAUCAACAAGCUAGCGAAGAGCAUCCUUCGCAUGAGUGUGUUCAUCUCAGGAGCCAUCGGGACUAGCUGGGGAUCAAUCUGCCUGUUCCAAUACAUAUUCCCACGAACAUUCCUUUCUACCCAGCGAUGGUUCCUAGGCGGCUUCUUGGGCGGUAUGUGGGCCUUUCUAGAGCGCAAGAGCGGACGCAGCAACUUCAUGUACUCGGCCCGACUAUCAAUUGAUUCGCUCUGGAAAGUCGGCAUUAAGAGGGGGUGGUGGUGUGGGAUUAAAAACGGCGAUGUUCUGCUGUUUGUACUCAGUUUGGCAGCCGUUAAUGUGCUCUACGAGAUAUCUCCGAAAUCUGUCAACAGCGGCGUAGCCCGCAAGUGUUUAGGAGUCCUGCGAGGUGAAGGUUGGAUAGAUAGAGCAGUACUUGCUCGCGAUAGGGAAGGAAAGCAAGUGCAAAAGUCCGAGGAAUGAAAGGAAUAGAUUCUGUAUUGACGCGUGUACGGCCUCGGUUGUAAUGAGUAAUGAUGGGAAUGUUAGUGUAUUGGGAGGCAUACCGCUUGUUUUGAU